CCAUAUCAAUGUAUGGAAUAUGGAAAGAGCUUCGGGGACACUGGAAGUCUAACUAAACAUCAAAGGACCCACACAGGUGAGAAGCCAUAUAAAUGCAUAGAGUGUGGAAAGAGCUUCAGUGACAAUGGACAACUAACUAAACAUCAAAGAACUCAUACAGGUGCGAAGCCACAUAAAUGUAUGGAAUGUGGAAAGAGCUUCAGUGACAGUGGACAACUAACUAAACAUGAAAGAGUCCAUACAGGUUAGAAGCCAUAUAAACGCAUGGUGUGUGGAAAAAGUUUCAGCUGGAAUAGAACUGUUUAUACACAUCAAAGAACCCAUACAGGGGAGAAGCCAUAUAAAUGCACGGAGUGCGGAAAACGUUUCACUGUCAGUGGAAAUCUAACUAAACAUCAAUGGACCCAUUCAGGGGAGAAGCCAUAUAAAUGCAUGGAGUGUGGAAAGAGCUUCACUGUCAGUGGAAAUCUAACUAAACAUCAAACAACCCACGCAGGUGAGAAGCCAUAUAAAUGAAUGGAACGUGGAAAGGGUUUCAGCAGUGGAAGAACUCUUAAUACACAUCUAAGAACUCAUAUAGGUGAGAAGCCAUAUAAAUGCAUAGUGUGUGGCAAGAGCUUCAGUCGGGGUGGACAUUUUAAUACACAUCUAAGAACCCACACGGCGUAGAGCCAUGAAACCCAAAUAUGUAAAAAGAAUGGAGGUCUUCCC